AUGUUAUGUGGUUAUCUUAUAUCAUGUUCUGUUGUAUUGUUCUCUCCAGUGGCUGCACUCAGGGUGUCUGCAGUGUCUCUGUCCACGCCGGCGGCUGUCUCCGCUCUGUCCGGCUCAUGUGUCCGCAUCCCCUGCUCCUUCAGUCUGUCUCCAGGCUCUGCUCAGCUGGAUCUGCAGCUCAUCAGACUCUCCUCCUCCCUGUUCAUGAUAUUCAAGUCCCGGCGAGUGUUCAGCACCAGGCCCAGGGAUGCUCUUCAUCCAGACUACAGGGGCAGGACCGUGUUUUCAGGGAAUAUGAACGCCGGUGACUGCUCCAUCACCAUCAGACACAUCCACAGAGAAGACCAGAACACAUACCAGCUGCAGACCCUAGAGCAGGGUCAGAGGUCAUGGGUCACCAGAGCCACAAUCAACAUCACUGUGCACACUGUACCAGAGACUCCUGUGCUCUCGGACCCGGGGCCGGUGACGGUGGGCCAGCAGGUGGUGUUAAACUGCUCCCUGAGGGUCCACUGUCCGUCUGAUCAGCCCCGGCUGCGGUGGAGGUGGGAGCGAGGCCCUCAGAACGGCAGCAGUGUUCACGGGGAUACGGAUCUGCAGCAGGACGGACAGCAGAUGAUGGUUUUAUGGACAUCUCUUUCCUUCACCGUCCCCAAAAACAUUAACCCCAGAGUUCGGUGUGAGGCAGAGUAUCCGGAGAAUAGGAGAUCAGCGGCCACCAGAGAGAUCCUCGUCCACUUUCCCCCGAGGGAUGUGCUGGUGGAGGUGGUGACGUUGUCGGUUCGGGCUGGAGGAAACCCUCUGCUAAGCUGCCACUGUAAGGCCGACCCGCCAGUGUCCCAGUAUCAGUGGUGGAUCGUGGAUUCAGGCCUCGCACCGGUGCUUCUUCCCAAACACACACACAGCGUACGCAUCUAUAAUGUGAGCAGAAACACACACGUGCAGUGCAUCGUUUCCAACAGAUUGGGACGAGCAUCAUCACGCCUCACCGCCCUCAAUGUCCAGUAUGCUCCACUGAUAGACUCCAGCAGCUCGCGCUGUGUGUGGGAUGGGCGUCUGCUGUCUUGCUGGUGUGUUGUGCACUCGAACCCUCGUCCUGCCGUCACCUGGAGUGUGAACGGCACGCAGCCGCCGGACGGUUUCAACACGUCCUCCUCCAGUGUGAACCAAACACUGACUGCGACUCUGAGCGGAGUGACACACACACUGCUGCACGUUCACUGCUACGCCUUCAACGCACUGGGAAACAGCUCUAUACUACUGCUGCAGAGAAAUCAGAGUGAUCUGCUGUGGACUGUCCUGCCGUGUGUGUGUGCUGGGACUCUCGCUCUGAUGAUGCUGAUACUGCUGUGUUACUGCAGGUCCAGCAGACGCAGGAGGAGGCGAGUGGCGUCUCUUCAGCCGAUGUCAGUGUGUGUGUAUCAGAGGAGAAGGCCGCUCUACAUAAACUGCAGUGAAGUCACACACAUCUACAGUAACGGCAGCUACCAGCUCAUCUACCAGAACAGCACUCCGCUCUUUGUGCACAGCAAACAGACUCAUAAGAGACAGAGGCGAGGAGCUCAACAUCAGCGGGUGCAGAGGCUGACCGCCGUGACCUCUGACCCCGAAACUGCCAUCUAUUUGGAGGUGAUUUAAACAACUCACACACCGCUGUGAAGACCUGCAUGAGAUUACAUCAGUGCAUCAGCUCCUGCAAUAAACACAAGACAAACCUCAGACUGCAGCGUGAAAUACAAGCAUCACUGACACUCUCUUUAUUCAUUCUACAUUAGCUCCGCCUCCAUCCACCUAUUUUUAUGUACGUUUUGAAUAUGCGUUUAGAAAAUCGGUUGAUGGAAACGCCAUGAUGCGCAGUAUUUCGUGCAUAAAAACACAUGCGCAUAAGUGAGAAACGUUUUAUUCGAUAAGAAAAGAUGUGCAUGUGAAUGUGUGUGAAUGGAUAAACCAGCAGGCUGAGCACACUGUAAACACCAGAAAUGUUGUUUUGCUCAUUCUAAAACGCCUUAAGGUUGAUUUAUACCUCUGCGUCAAGCGCACGCGUAUGCAUCAGCGCAGCCUUUGCAUGGUCACCAGGGCCGGAUUAACGUAAGGGCUCGGUGGGGCUAAAGCCCCAGGGCCCACGGAAGAAGGAGGCCCUUGAUUGGCUGAAGAAUUAAUUUGCGCUAUGACACUGGAAACGCCUCUUUGCGUUCUGCUUUCUCUCGUAGAUAAUGUGAAUUAUACCUUUCGGUUCAUUGCUGUUCAAAAACAGUGACGCCGGUGCUAAGCUGUGGCUCAAGGUGACUGUAGUCCAAUCAGAAUAUUGAAUAUCCCUGUUUUAGUCACCCAUAGAUGUGAUUAAAUGCCCCAAUUCUCCCAGGACAGUCUAUUAUUUUGGCACUAUUACGAGAGCCGUCCAGUCACAGGUAGGCUAACCAAGCUCGUCGCAGAGCAAAAAAUAAAAUUCACAGCGUCUUCAUCAGUGAUACACUUGUACAUGUAGUACAACAGAAGCUGGGAAUCGUGCUGAAUGGACUCAUAACUGAAGCGCUGUCUCUGCUGCGCGGUGGUUACAGCUGGAUUCAAACCGGUGCUCGCCCGAACUGCCCGCCCGCACAUUCCUUCCAUCACACAAUAGCCCCUUUCACACAGUGAUACCGGUAAAUAUCCGGAAAAUUUCC